AUGAGCGGCCUCAAGCGCUCUUUGGACGAGUCGUCUCAUGACGGGGACAAAGCCUCGCCUUCGGACUCGUCCGUGUCGACCGCGAAGCCUACAUCGCCCGCCGCGCCCUCGUCGUCGAGCUCCUUCCGCAACGUGAGCGCCUGCAACCGCUGCCGACUGCGCAAGAACCGAUGCGACCAGCGCCUGCCCUCGUGCGCCUCCUGCGACAAGGCCGGCGUUAAGUGUGUGGGCUACGAUCCCAUCACCAAGCGUGAGAUUCCGCGCAGCUAUGUCUUCUACUGCGAAACCCGAAUCGCAUACCUCGAAAACCUCCUGCGGGAGAAUUCCAUCCCCUUCCAGGACGCCGAAGACUUCAAUCCAGCCUUUGUGUCCAAUGGCGGCUCCGUCACACCACGACCCAUAUCCGCCGCACCGCCGCCUCGCAAUGGCAACAUCAACCCCACCGCCGCCCAGGCCAAGGAGGAGAGCGACAAGUACGAUCGCGAGAAGCUUACCAAGCUCGUGUCAAACAUUGGCAUGGUCUCGGUGCAAGGCGCCAGUGACCCGAGAUAUCUGGGCUCAACAUCUGGCAUAUCCUUUGCACGCGUAGUGUUUGCUGCCGUCAAGAGCUCUGUAUCCGGCUCUUCUUCUGAGCGCGGGAGCAAUCGGGGAGCCAAAGCGGCGACCAAUGUCGUGGACAGCGGCACCUCGAUGCGCGACUCCUUCUUUGGACUCCAGACCAAACCCACCAUAAGGCAGGCGCCCUUCCCGGACCGGGAGCUUGGUUCGCGCCUUGUUGAGCUGUACUUUGAGCACGCAAACCCACAAAUCCCAAUCUUGCAUCGGGGCGAGUUCAUGGUCAUGUUUGAGCGUGUGUACGCUUCGGGUGAACGGCAUCGUACUUCACGAGAGUCGUACAUGCUCAACAUUGUGUUUGCCAUAGGUGCUGGCAUCAUCUUGGGUAGCUCCGACUCUGAGGGCUCGCCGACGUCGGAUCAUGGCCGCUCACCAACAAAGUCACGGUCAUCACCACCAAGCAGCAAGAAGCGGCGACUUGCAGGCCACCAGCAUCAGCCCGAGGAGUACCACGCGUCCGCAAUCGUGCACCUGGAGAAUUUCCUGGGUUCCUCACCCGCUGCGGACCGUCCCGACGGCUUCGGCGGCGGCCUUGAAGAACUACAAGCUGUGCUACUGCUCGCAGGGUUUGCUCUGCUGAGACCCGUCGCCCCUGGCUUGUGGUACAUUGUCGGUGUUGCCGUCCGUCUUGGAGUGGACCUAGGGUUGCAUUACGAGGACGGUGUGGGUAUCGACGGGGCGGGUGCGGAAGACCAAACCGCCGGAACCGCGUUCUUCAAAUCCGAAGGCAACGGGAAUACGACAGCUGCCAGCGGCGGGAACCCUUCCAAAAUAGACGCCAAGGAAAGAGGUCGCAGACAGUGGGUCAGGGACCUGCGGAGACGCCUGUGGUGGUGCGUCUACUCGCUGGACCGGCUAGGUAUUACAGACCAGAUUGUGACUACCGAGUUUCCUUCGCUUCUCGAUGAUCGCUAUAUCACUAAAGAAGGAUUCCUGGAACCGCCAGUGCACCAGGAAAAGCCCACGUACAAGAUUGUAGCCCAUCACUACUUCCGGCUGAGACUACUGCAGUCUGAAAUUUUGCAAGUCCUACAGCACCGACAGGCACAACAGGCAAGAGCAAGCGGUGCAAACCGAAGCAAUGAGUUUAUGCACACAAAGUUGCCUUCGCCCUUCCUGAUCAAUUUUGAGUCUUUCCGCGCAUGGCGCGUGGACAUCGACAGGCGAUUACUGGAAUGGAAAGACUCGGCGCCAACACAGAUGGACGCUGGUGUGCAGUUUUCACCGCUGUUCCUAGAGCUCAACUAUUGGCAAGCGUUGAUCAUGCUGUACCGGCAGAGCUUGGUCGUCCCCUCUGGUCUGCAAGAAGAACUGGGCAAUACUGGCUCCGACAUGGGAAGCCCCUCAAUGAGUAAUCUUGAGGAACGUGAAGACGAAGACCUGGUUUUCCUCAAGGUAGCCGAAGCUGGCCAGAAGGUUCUGAAGCUGUACCGACAACUGCAUCGUGUGCACCUUGUCAACUACACCUUCCUUGCAACCCAUCAUCUUUUCAUGGCUGGCAUCUCAUUCCUCUAUGCAGUGUGGCAUAGUGUCCACGUACGCAGUUUAUUGUCCCUUGACGACGUCGACUUUACCGUCCUUGCCGCAACAUCCGUACUGGGUGACCUCGUUGACAAGUGUCCGCCAGCAGAAGCAUGCCGCGACGCAUUCGAUCGGAUGAGUAAAGCCACCAUUCAGAUGUGCAUGUCCACGACAGGCUUUGGACCUCAGGCUCUGCGGUCACUCCCGCAAGCACAACAGUACCCAACACAGACUUCGCCAACCACUGCAUAUAGAUCUGCAGCCGAUACAGAUGCCAGGUCAGAUACUGAAAUGCAAGGUUAUGGAGCAAGGAAUACAGGCGGCUUCUUUAGCCACCAACAGCAACAGCAGCAACAGCGUCGACCAGUGCCACGCUUCGACAUGAACCUCAAGGAUCUUUUCUCAGAUGACGAGACAGACAAGCGGUCUUUCAGCCGCGUGAGCAACCAGGUCAACGCCAUGCGGCCCCCUCCUGCACCAAUGAAAACCGAACAACAAAUGCAGCCCUUCACAGCCGACUUGAAAAUUUCCCCACAACUCCGCAGUACCCACCAACAACAGAACAGCUUCUUCGCUGCAAGUCCAAAUAUGACUAGCCCGAACCAACAAAACGCCUUCUCCACCACACCACCUGCCAACCCACCCAUGCCCUCACCAUACCAGAUUAGCAACCAGGUGCCUUACAACAGCUUUGCGCAGAAUGUCACGUCCAGUUAUCCCGAUCUAGGUUUCUCAGACUUGGAUUUCUUGGAUAGCUUCCCUGUGCAGGGCGCAAGCAGCGGGACAGAUGCAGGCAGUGGUGGAGUACAAGAUAUAGGGAUUGGGUUCGGAAUGGGCUUUGGUGAUGGGACACAUGAUUGGAGUGAUGGUAAUGGAUUGGACCUUUUCGACGGAUUCUUCUUUGGACCUGGAGGUACUGGCGGUACGGGUAUGUGA